AUGACAGAGAGUUCAGUCCCCUGGCACCUCCUUGUGCUAGCUCUUGGAAUCCUCUGUGCCCUUCUGCUGGUAACUGUUGCAGUGUUGGUGACAAACAUUUCUCAGUAUAGUCAAGAAAAACAUAAACUGGAGGAUCCUCUAAACCACCAUCAUAACUGCAGCACCAUGCAAAUUGACAUUGACUUACAAAAAGAAUUUCGGAGAGAUAAGGCUAUAGAAUGUAGUCCAGGCAAUGAUCUUCUGGAAUUCCUCAAUAGUGAACAGAACAUAUGGUACAGGGAAACCAAGACUGAUUUAGGUUCCUCACAACAUCAAGGCAACGGAGUCGAACACUGGUUCUGCUAUGGUAUAAAAUGCUAUUAUUUCAUUAAGGACAGAAAACCAUUUAGUAGAUGUAAACAGUACUGCCAGAAUUCAAGCUUAACCCUUCUGAACAUAGAUAAUGAGGAUGAACUGAAGUUCCUUCAUCUCCAGGUUAUUUCAGACAGUUACCAGAUUGGAAUGAAAUAUAAUAAAAUGGAUUGGGCAUGGAUUGACAAUGGUCCAUCUAAACUUGACUUGAACAAAAGGAAAUACAAUGUAAACUAUGGAGGACAUAUCUUCUUAUCUAAAACAAGACUAGACAAUAUUGACUGUGGUAAUGCAUACAGCUGUAUUUGUGGGAAGAGGCUGGAUAUAUACCCUGACUGA